AUGGGAAAGAUUGUUUUCUAUGAAGACAAGAAUUUUGAAGGUCCUCAGUAUGAAUGCAGUGGUGAUUGUGGAGAUAUGCUCAGCUAUGUUAACCGCUGUAACUCCAUCAGUGUGGAGAGCGGAUGCUUCAUGGUCUAUGAACAACCACAUUACAAAGGCCAGCAAUAUCUGCUCAGAAAAGGACAGUAUCCAGUGUAUGACUGCUGGUUGGGCAAAAAUGACUCUGUCUGCUCCUGCCGUGUAAUUCCCAUGACACAUGAAUCUCUACAUGAAAUUAAGCUUUUUGAAAGAAUUGAAUAUGGAGGUCAAAUAAAGGAUCUUGUAAAGGACUGCCCAAAUAUGAUGGACAUGUUUCAUACAAACAACAUAUUCUCCUGCAAAGUCAUUAGUGGAAACUGGCUCUUCUAUGAACAUUCCAACUACAGAGGUAGGAUGUACCUCAUAAGGCCUGGAGAAUACACAAGAUUCACUGAAUGGGGAGCAAAGAGUGCCCGGGUGGGUUCCAUCAAACGAAUUCUGGAUUAG